CUGCUCUUUCGCGCGCUGGGGGACCUGGCAGGGCAGUGCCGGCCCAAGAUACAGCGGGGGAUGCAGGCGCGUCACCUGGAGGUUCUGAAACACAAUGAACUGUGCCAGGAUUGAUGCAGCUCUGGGCACCGGAGCGCCCGCCCAGCCUAAGGGGCAGACUUCCCGGAGGAAGUGGCGCCUAAGAUACGCCUGGCUCAUUCUCAAACCGGUCUUCAGUGCCCCCGAGAACCAGCCUUGGCCUCCGCCGACCAGCAGGGGCUCGCUCGGCCCAGCGCCGCCGGGGUCCCUUCUCUGUGCCUUUGCUGGAGCGGUCGGCAUUUUCCCGGGUUUACACACAGAGCACGCUGAGGCCACCGCUCCCCGCAAACCCGAGUGCCGGGAGGGACGCAUGUCCCUUGCGCGACCCCGUCGCCCUGCCACGCCCCCUGCCCGUUCCCCGGAAGUGCGGCGGAAGGAGCGGAAGUGCCCGGCGGCCGUGGCCCGCAGCGGUUCCGCGAUGGUGGGCGGCGGCGGGGCAGGGGGCGGCCUCCUGGAGAACGCUAACCCGCUCAUCUACGAGCGCUCUGGGGAGCGGCCGGUGACCGCGGGCGAGGAGGACGAGCAGGUUCCAGACAGCAUCGACGCGCGCGAGAUCUUCGAUCUGAUUCGCUCCAUCAAUGACCCGGAGCAUCCCCUGACGCUGGAAGAAUUGAACGUCGUAGAGCAGGUCCGGGUUCAGCAUGGCCACUCUCAUUGGGCUGUCCAUCAAAGUCAAGCUUCUGCGAUCCCUUCCCCAGCGUUUCAAGAUGGACGUGCACAUUACACCAGGGACCCAUGCCUCGGAGCAUGCAGUCAACAAGCAGCUUGCAGAUAAGGAGCGAGUGGCAGCCGCCCUGGAGAACACCCACCUGCUGGAGGUUGUGAAUCAAUGCCUGUCGGCCCGCUCCUGAGCCCACCUUUUUGCCCCUAGCCCCACCCAGGGCUCAUGGCCUUGUUUUCUUGAAUCACUGAAAAUGAGAAACUAACAUUUUGCAUUUUGUAAUAAACCCUUAAUUUAUAUUUA